UAGGCUGGAGAAAAGGAGGCUCGGGGGAGACCUUAUCACUCUCUACAACUACCUGAAAGGAGGGUGUCAGCAGGUGGGAGUUGGCCUCUUCUCCCAGGCAGCCAGUGACAGUACAAGAGGACAUAGUCUCAAGCAAUGGCAGGGCAGGUUUAGGUUGGACAUUAGAAGGAAUUUCCUCACAGAAAGGGUGAUUAUAUACUGGAAUGGAUUGCACUUGCACGGGGAGGUGGUGGAGUCACCAUCCUUGGAGCUGUCUGAGGAAAGACUGGAUGUGUAGUGCCCAUGUCUAGCUGACAUGGUGAAGUUCGGUCACGGGCUGUUCUCGAUGAUCUCAGAUGUCUUUUCCAACCUAAUAAAUUCUGUGAUUCUAUAGAGGCUGAUUUGGUACGAGGCAAGCCUUCCCGGAUUCGGAAGGCCUGAGCAGCCGGCGCUACUCCCCAGAGCUCCUCGCGGCUUGGCAGGGCUGCCGCCGGCACCGCCCCACACGGGCACGGCCGCGCCCCGGGCGCUCCCCGCACGGGCAGUGCGGGCCCCUCCGCAGCUGUGCGGCCGGGCCGGGGGAUGCCGGGGCCGCCCCCGCUGCGCCGCGGGGCUUUAAUGGCAGCCGCGGCGGCCCGGCCUGCUCCCGCCAUGCUGCGCGCCCGCCGCCGGGGCCGGCCGGGGCCCGCGGGCAGCGCCCGGCACGGCGGCCUCGCCUUCUACGUGCUGUGGGCUCUGCGGGAGCCGCCGCGGCGGCUCGGCAGCCAUUCCAGCCAGAUGGGUUUCCAGGCUUGGCUGCCCCUGCCAUUGCCACAGCAGCUGGUGGUGUUUGGCCUGGGCGACUGGAGCUGUUACUCUCCGGACACGAGCAUCGCAGUGGAUGUGCUGGUGUCCCCAGGCGUCGCGCCACAGCGGCUCGGCAGGCUGGAGCCCACCCGCAGGUCUCUGGUGUGGGAAGAUGACUGGAGAACAGAUCUUUUCAUGGCCUCGUUGAAAGAGAUGGACAAAGGCAACCCUGUGAGGCUUGUUCUGACUGUCAAUGGACAGCUGCUCCGAGGUGUCUCCAGCAGUACACCUGUCCAUCCCUUCCUUGUACCAGAGACCACCCAGUCACCAGUGCUCCCAGCAGAUGAUAGGCCACUUGGCCAGGACCUGGAGGAUCCUACUGGGGUUAAGAGUCAGAGCUCAGAGGUGGCUGCCAGAGCAUCCAGGCCUGUGAAGAAGGAUGUCUGGCCACCACUGAGGACCCUGGUGGUACCCUGUGCUCUGAAGUCACCAGCUGGAAAGGUGGAAUCCAAUGCGGCCUGGAGGAAGAGUCCUGACCAAGGACCACCACCAAGAGUCCACUCCAAAAAGCCCAGAAAGGUUUUAUUUGAACCCACAGCAUCUGAGAGAGAUCUUGAUGAAGAAGAUCUGGCAGUGAAGGAGUUGCAAGGCAGUCCCAGCCCUCGGUGGUGCCAUGCCAUGUGCCUCAGUGACCUGGGGACAGCUGUUCUCAUUGGUGGAGAAGGUGUCAAUCAACAGUCCUGCAGGGAUGCUCUUUGGAAGCUGGAAAUUGACAGUGAUUUAUGGCUUCCAGUGGGUUUCCAGCUGCAAAAUGCCAUGCCAUCGUGCUUGCAUGGUCACACAGCUACCUACGACCCUGACACCAAGCGUAUUUACAUCUUUGGGGGCAUAAGGGAGGACAAAGACCACAGCAGCAUCUACAUUCUGGACACAGUCACCUGGAAAUGGCUCCUUGUGGCUGCUAAAGGGAGGAUACCAGUGCUCACCUACCACAGUGCCACUAUCUACCACAAGGAGCUCUUUGUUUUUGGAGGAACUUUCCCCAGAAAGGCAUCACUGGCAGUUGCACCCUGCAGCAAUGUGCUCUAUGUCUUCAAUCCAGAGCAUGAAAUUUGGUAUCAGCCCAUUUCAGAAGGGGAGAAGCCUCUGCCUAGGCUUGGGUGAGAGUGCUUUCAUUCUAGCUAUCCAAAAUAGUGCAGGAAACCUCUGCUUAUCUUCCCUCCCACACCAGUGUGAUUUCUUAAAUAUUAGGUGAUUGUUCUCCACCAUGUACUCCUUAAGAUAGGACUGUGUUUAGAGCAAUGGAAUUCUUAGUACCUCCUGUUGUGAAUCCUGAUGGGAUUUUGUCCCAGGUGUAGACUGAAGCUAUGGCAGCCCAGUAGAAGAGGCCAAGGCUAAAAUGGAACUUUUGGGAACUUGCUGAAGAUGUUUUAUUAAUUUGCUUGCUCUCUGCCCAGGCAUUCAGCUACUCUACUGAAGAACAAGCUAGUGAUUUUUGGGGGUCAGAGGACUUCUGUCUACCUCAGUGACAUGCACAUUCUGGAUCUAGGUAAGAAAGUCUGUGCCUUGGGAAGAUCUGUUCCAAGACAGGGACUUGGGAGUGAGGUGUGCUCAGUGGGAAAACAGCAAUAGCAUUAUACAAACUCCUGACUAGGCAAUGGAGAUGAAAAACUAUGGGUUAAAAAACCAAAAAAAAAAAACAAAACCUUUCUGGGGCAAUAAGGGAGGGAUUGAAGAAAAAGCAAUGGCUUUUUUGGAAGAAGGUGGGUAACAGAGAAGGCAGAGGCAUUGUUGAUGUGGCAGAGUAUCUAAGUUUUUGUCUAGUUAUGAAGCUGAGGUUUUUGGACAUUUCACCUGCCUUUUCUCUGUCUGUCAGGUUUCAUGGAGUACACAUCAGUCCCCCUCCUGGCAGGACAGCCUUCUGCACGUUGGUAAGAUUCUACUGCAGACCCAGGAGCUUUCUUCUGUCAUUUCUCUCUGAAGCCAGGUUUAAACAGUGCUUGUGAUCAGAUCCAGCAGCCUAUCUCUGUUCCACUAGUCAAAAUACAGUGGAUCCUCUCUCCACAGUGGGGCCAGAAGUUCCUGUGCUGUCCUUGUUGGUGCCUGUAUGGUGUGGGGGGAUAUUCCUUAGUCUCCCUGGAAAUCUGUCUUUAAGGCUAGGAUAAGUUUUCUGCUGGGUGCCAGUAAACUGUAUGGCCUGCUGUUAGGUCUUCACAGUGCCUGGAGAGGUGCUGUGCCACACAGAGGAAGAAACUCCUGUACCAGGACUAUGCUGUUUCUAAAGGGACAGAAUUGCUCACUAGAACAAUGAUCUAAAUCAAUGUAGAGCCCAGCUAGCCUGCUAUCUCACCCCACAGAGCAAAGCAUAGGAGUUUUGAUAGCUCCUUCUGAGAUAAUGAAUUGCUAUUCAGGCCUGAUUGUGGCCUGACCUGCAGAGGCAAACAUCUCUUUUAGGGUUAUUCUGCAAGUCAGGGUAGAGAGAAGCAGAAGUCAACUUUCUUCCUGCAGCUUAAGCCCCCAAUCUCCUGAUCAAGUCUGCCAAUCCCUGUCCAUUGCUGACUGAGGCCAUCCCAGCAGGUUUUGUUUUAGUCACCUUUUGACUUUGCUUUGGUCACAGCUUUCAUGCAGCUCUGGCUGUGUCAGACCAGAAGGUUCUGAUCAGUGGAGGCUGCAAUGCCAGAGGAGCCUUGCAUGAUGCCUUUGUCUUCCACCUAGGUGAGUGACUCUCCUGCUCUGUUUUGACAGCUGAAGGUGACUCUGGGGCUGCAGUGGUGUUUCUGAACACCUAGUCUAGUCUCAAUACAUUUGUCUCAUCCUUUGCACUAGGAAAGGCCUUGUCAGUAUUGAUACCCCCUUUCCACUUCAGAUACUCUUUCAUGGAGCACAGUGAUCCACCAUGACCUCUGCUCUGUUCCCCGAGCUGGCCACACAUUGCUUGACCUGACUCCUGCCCACUUGAUGGAUAUGGAUGAGGAGAACAAAGAGGAGCAGAAGCUGCACACGGUGCUGGUCUUUGGGGGCUCCAACUGUGCUGGGACCUUUUAUAACAGCACACUCAAGAUCCAGCUGGAUCUAGGAUAGUGCACGAUUCUCAGAAUGAGCCUGAACAGCAAGGCUCUUUACCAGCCUAAAUACAGACAUGGAUGGCAAUAAAUGAGUCCAAGCAACAUGGCAGUCCAGGUAUCUGUAUGGAGGUGAAUGGCACCUUGGUACAAGAGAUGAUGGGUUUGUGAAAUCUGAAGGCCAUGGUAUUGUGGUAUUUUCCUAGGGUACCUGAUAUACAGUAUCUGGGCUCAGGUGCCAAAACAUUCAGCGGGAUCUGAGCUGACUCUGCACAAGAACACAGACAAAGGUUAUGGGUUCCUUUCUUGCCCUACAGGUUUUUAGCUGGAAUUCCCAGGGUGCUUUCAGCUUUGUAGGUGACUUAGGUGUUUGGUUUUGUUUGGGAUGAGUAGAAUGGUAUUUACUGCUGCUAUUUUACACUAAAAGUACAGGCAUGAUUCUGGUUUGGAGGGAAUCUGGGGUGGGAUUUCCUUGGGCAACAGUCAGCAGCUGAAGGCUAGGAAAACACCCAGAGCAGUAUCUGAGGAUGGGAAAAAGAAGAGAACAUAAUUUUCAUUGUAGGGGAGAGAGCUGGUUGUGCCUUGCUGUCUAUGGCACAAUCACCUAGCUUUUCUCUAGGCAGACCUUCUACAAAUUCCAUGUGACUGCUCUUGUUUAUUGCAAAGGGUGACAGAGUUGCCAACUUGGCUCUUUCAGGACCCAACAAGGGUUAAGCUAUCUUCUGUCAGAGACUAGAUCUGACUGUUUAUAUCCAUGGAGCUGAUGACUGUGCUGUGGCUCUGAGGCAGCUCCAAGGAUA